CUUCGAGUCACAGUUCACCGGUUGCUUUCCGACAAUUAACAGCCUAGCUAGGACUCAUCCCGGCAAAGUGCAAGUGCGAGUGUGGUUUGUGUGACGCAGCAGGAGCAGCUCUCAGUUUGCAAAAAGGACUUGCAGUGUGCAGUGUUUGUGAGAACCGCAGUGUGAUCGCAAGACAGAAACAGAACAAAACCGCGAAAGCGAACAAGCAAAAACAAAAGCAAUGAAGCAGUUCUAUGUGUUGUUUGCCGUCCUGGCCGUGGCCGUUGCCGCCCCAUCCUCCGAAGCCGAUGGAUUACUAACGUCCGCCCUGAAGUUUGUGCGGGACUGUGGCGAAAAGUCGAUUGUGCUGUGCGCCAAGGAGCGUGCACUACGCCUAGCUGACGCCGCCGAGGGCGAUUUCGAGAUCACCGACGGUAUCAAGUUCGUCCAGACCGAGAAGGACGCCCCGAAGGGCCGCUCCCUGAACGAUAUCUCCCUGCCCGCUGAGCCAGAGGCCCGCGAAUCCGAGAUCGAUGGACUGCUCGUCGAGCGUGCCGCCCGCUUCCUUGGCACCCACACCCUCCAGUUCCAGGUACCGAAGGAAUCGAUCGAGGACAUGCAGCGCUCGCUGGAUGAAGCUCGUGGCAAGAAGAAGAAGGUCAAGAAGCUGCUCCUCCCUCUGCUCCUCCUCCUCAAGUUGAAGGCCGCCGCUCUGCUCCCGCUCGCCCUCGGUGCCCUGGCCCUGAUCGCCUUCAAGGCUCUGAUCGUCGGCAAGAUCGCCCUCAUCCUGUCCGCCAUCAUCGCCCUGAAGAAGCUGUUCGACAAGAAGGGUGAACAGAGCUACGAGGUCGUUGCCCACCCGCACUACUCGCACUCGAGCUCGUACGACGAUCAUCACGGAUACGCCCGCUCGAUGGACGCCGCCCAGAACCUGGCCUACGGCGCUCACGCUCAGUAAGCUUGCCAUAUAGUAGCGAGAAGCCAACAGCCGGCUACCGGGUCGGACCUGACCGAACCGAGCCGUACCGUACCGUUUCAAGAAGUUUACCGUCAACAGCACCGGAAAGCCCGGAACCGCUCACAAAACGUCCCCUGGGAGGGCCAAUUUUGACCCGCCGAGGGAAACACAAACCCCAACGCUUCCCGGGAGUGCAUCUUCCGCCGGAUAGCGUCCCCAAAAACACACACACACUCAUACCACUAGUGGCAGGAGAUAGUUUAACAAGAGUGAGAGAGAAAGAUAAAGAUAAAGAGAGAGACUGGGGGAACAACAAACGGGCCCCACUGACACGAAGGAUGGUCGGCGCGAUCCUGGACUGCGGGCGAGCUUAGAUUAAUUUAAUUUAUUUGCAAAACAACCCCGCUCGCCCGUUCCCGGGUUCCGCCUUACCCCACCCCAUUCCACGUGACCGUGCAGUACCGUCCCCGCAGUAGCGAGAACACACCUUCCCCCAUCAAAAACACACACAACAAAGGCUACUUGAAGCUUGAAGCUAGUACAGAUGAAGGAACGAAACGUAUUUAAAUUAAUUUAUUAACACCCACCCCCCCCACAAGAGAACCCAGCUAUGGAUACGAGCUGUCGAGUGGAGUUCCUUUUUCGUGGCGACGCCGUUUACGCGUCAUAGCCCCGGAAGAGUUAUUUAUUUGCGAGCUUAGCGAUCCUGAUUUCCUUUUUCAUUUUUUUGUUUGUUUGCUCCACAUUUUCACAAUGCCCCGAGCCCGGCCAAUCUCUCUUCCAGUUGUUUUUUCCCCACGUCCGUCGGAAAGGCUGGACGCGUUUCCCGCUAGAGGGCGCUCGAAGCUUUCGUUUGCGGGGAGUCUGCGCCGGAGAUGCUCCAAAUAUACUAUUUGGACGAAGUUGUGGCUUUAUUUGUGACCACGUGCGAUGAGUAUUUAAGGCUUGACCUCACCCGACCUUGGUCGUCGAUUUGAUCGCUAGCUACUCUUACACGCUCGAUCUUCUCUCAAACACUUCCAGGUCCAGCGCCAGGUGACUGGCUUGUGGCCGUCUUCUUCUUUUUUUUUCUCUCUCUAGUGCAUAAUCUAUUAGCAUCUCAUCUCUGUAUCUUGCUCUAUCAACACAAGUCUAUGUAACACGGCCCCGAGAACAUCGUCGACCGAACCAUCGGCAGAAUCUCGAUCUCGGUCGACAGCCCGGACAAGUAGGUCAACUGGAACCUUGCUAUCCCAAUUUCGGCGAAUCAGUUUCGUGAGAAACCGGUUCCGCUCGAGACGCAGUUGGGCCAGCAUUCGCGGUGGACAGAUAACGGUUCUGCUUUUGCGAACCGGGUAUCAGUCUUCCCUUUCCUUUUUUGGGGAGGGGGAACUGGUGAGCCAAACGUCCUGAUCGUUCCCAUCCGGCCAUCGCGCAAUACUAAACCCGAAGACCGAAAAAGUUUAUAUUAAACUAGCUCCAUUUCACUUUCUACUUGCGCGCACGCAGUGUGUACGCGUACGCUAAUACUUUCUCCCUGACUAAUAGCUACUUCGAUGUUCUACCAGUCUUAAGGCAUGCGAAGCCGGUACGAUCGCUGGUAACCGUCACGAUCACCGCUUCGCACGCAUCUGUUUUUCCUGUAAACGUUGUGCGCACGUUUCUUUCGCGUUCUCUAGCUCUAGUAGGUACUAUUAUUCUCUUCAUUUCCUUGAAAGUGAUCUUCGAACAGACCAUAGGGCAGCAAGGCAUCAAGUUAAAAAAAAAACACUCACCCACAGAUUCACGAAGAAUCCACAAAGCUAGCGCAGCGCUCCGUAGCACUUGUGUACCCUUGAGGGAAGUGCCCCAGCAGGACCAGGACCAGGAAAGAACGGUUUUGUAAGAAUGAUCUGUCCUGUUAUUUAUUGUUUAAAUUAUUGUAACUUUAAUGCUUCCUUCCACCCUUCGCUCCCCGCCACGGCGUUCUGGGCGUUGGAUGGAUGGAAAUCAAAUCCAAACAAAAAUUUGACAGGAAUGAAAUAAAAUCAAUCGAAAAAAUAAUAACCU